GUCCGCGGAAUCAUUCGCCGUCCGAUUGGUGAACCGACUCGCGAAGUCGCGGUUUGCGUUGUGUGGAAGAAGAGUGGUCGGUGAACGAUCAGUGAAUCGGCUUGAGUUUGUGGUUUCGUUUAGUGUUUUCGCCAGUGAUAAAAAUAAGCAAAGCAGUGAAUUCGCAAAACAGGACAGAACGAGCAGAAAAUACAUUGAAUGAAAUUUCACGGACAUAGGAUAACAUGCACGAAGCAAAGUGUUGAUUGACGCAAGGUCACAAGACGUCCAGAAGUGGAAGCGCAAUUAAAUCAGUGAAAGGUAUUACUCCUUCCAAAAAUUGGAGUUGAAAUAAAAAAGACAGCCGAGAAAAUGGCUUUGAAUGCGAUGAACCGAAUGGAAUGAAACUUGGUGCGUACUUCGCGGGGUCAUUCUCCGGACCACAAACGUCAAAAGGUUGCGUGGAAACCUAAGGUGGACCAGCAAGAAGAAGGGUGAAGAAAGAGAGUGACAAAAUAUAAAUAAAACGUUGCGUAAGUGCAGCUCUUCUUCACCGCGCCCCAUUUGUGUAUUUUUCUUCGCCGUCGAAUUUCAGACCUUUUCGUUUCGCAUUUAUUUAUUUCUACGACGAACGGGUACUGAGCCGCUGUCAUCGUCGUUGCGGCCGCCGUCGUUCGAGAGCAGAAACAGCGGAAGCGCAGGAAUCGUGGUUGCCGUUGUCGUCGAAAACACCAGACACUACGUGCGCAGCGGAAAAGUGCAGAAAGCAAAAAUUGAAGUAAUUUUAGUGCCAAUUAAAAUUAAAAGUUUGUGAGCCAAGCGUGUGCACCGUGUAGAGUAAAAAGCGAAAGAUUCUUGGCACAUGGUUUCCGCUGGCUCACGCUUGCGGCUCCGCAGAAUUACUUCUGCGAAAAGUGUCUCGAUCUCUAGCGAAGAGAAGGCGAUAAAUUUUCCGCAAAUACGUCUCCCGGACUAGCACCGAGAGGCGGACCGAACAGCAGCGCGACCGCCGGGAAUGCGUGCGUCCUCGUCAGACGACGGACGAUGUUGGAAUGUGCUACGGCUAGACUAGAUCAGCUAGGAAGUGACGGGAGGAAGAUGCAUAUGUGAACAGGUGUAGGCGGUUCUUCUAUCAAUUUACGGUGUAAGAAGCGUGCAGAUUGAAGUGAUUCUGAUCUGAUAUUUGGAAUUACUUUAAUUCCGAAAUAAAUACGUAGACCCGCGAAAGGAAAGUGAAAAUUACACGUUGUUUGAGAAGAACCGACGUCUUGAGUGUUCCAUAAAUUGAAAAAUUGUGAGGGGCCAAGUUUCUGCGAAGCGCAAAGCAUGUUUUAUAAGAUUGGUAUGCUUCAAUAAUAGAACACCUCACACCCUGUGUUUGGGUGUUUCCAUUGUGAGAGUUUGAAAAGUGUGUUGUAUCGUCGAAGUUAUGGAAGAAUCAUUUUCGUAAAGCAUUCGAGGAAUACCUUUCGAAAAAAAGGAAGAAUGUGUUUGUGCUGAACGAGAAGAUAUUGAAGCGAAUCUAUUUAUAAAAGCUAGUUAUUUUUGCGCUCGGUCUGUCUCCUCAAUAGCGACGAGAGCGUUCGCACAUCUACUUGGUGGGAAAACAACAAAUCAGCAAAAAAACAACCAUGUCAGAGUACGUAGCGCCUCAGCUGAUCAAGGUUUUGAAAACCUAUCAGAACAAUGCACCAAAAGGCUUGCAUGGGCCCGGACUUUCACUGGUGCACCCGAGCAAAGCGGGACAUACGGCCAGCAGUGCCGGCACCAUCCAGCGGCCGGAAUCGCCAGAAAAUGUGGAAGAUUCCCUCAGUGCGCCACCCAUUACUGGGCCACUACCGAUGCCAUCGCACCCCAUCAUGACCACACCUGACCCGGACUGUGGUGAAGUGCAGCUUACGAUUCUUGAAGGCAAAAAUAUUGGUUGCUUCUUGCUCGGUGGUGAAAUGCGACUCUGUCUUCCACAGAUUUUCAACAAUAUUCUGAUGGACUUUUCCGUCGAGCAGAUCAAUCGAUCGAUUCAGGAGCUAAUGAUUUAUCUGUACAACUGCACCGACCAGCAGCUGCAGGAAUUCAAACGGGUAAAUAUCAUCCCGGAUACGGCCAAAACGUGCGGACUGAUCACGCGUACAAACGCGGAACGGCUCUGCAGCUACAUGCUGCACCAGGCGGAUGAUACCCGUAACAUCAAGGGCGCACCUUCGUUCAAGGUGUACCACCGGUGCUUCGGCAAGUGCGAGGGAGAAUUCACGCCGGCCCUGUACAGCUUCGAAGAGCCCGCUUGCAUCCGGUGCCGCGAGUGCCUGGGAAUGUUUUCGCCGCAGAAGUUUGUUUGCCAUCAGCACGACCGGCAGGAGAACCGCACUUGCCACUGGGGGUUCAAUUCGAGCAACUGGCGCGCCUACAUCCACGUUGCGCUGGAUGAGCAGAAUCGCGAGGCGUUCGCCGAAAUACUGGAGCAGAUUUGGAACAAGGAGCAGGAUCUGGAGAAGAAAAUGCAGGAGUCGGAAUAUUGGAUCGCUAAAAGAAAGGGUUUCGACGAAAGCAGCGUGCAAGUGACGACGAUAAAAGCCGAACCGCCCAGUGACAUUCCACUCAAGAAGCCAAAGCUAAUCAACGAUGCCAGCUUGUACCACAGCUGCCGGCAGAACAGUUCAGCAUUUCGGCCUUGGACGCAAGUACAAAUGUACGCACAACAGCAUCUCCUGCACGCCAUGGCGUUCAACGGCAAUGGGCUGAUAAAUGGUGGUAGUGGGGCGGCGCUUGGUGCCACCGGGUCGUCCGGCGGAUUACUGGCGCUCAGCCAGGAGCCUCCGGUUCUGCAAAAUCCAGAAAGCGUCGUGCGGUUAUCGGAGAGUGAUAAGUUCGAACGGAGUUUUCAGCCAAACGUAGCACUGGCACCCCGCAAAACGAUACUCUGCAAGGAGCGAGAACGGGAACGGGACCGAGAGAAGGAACGGUCAGUCAUAAAGUGUGAUGUACAAAUUAAGCAAGAGAGUCCACCGACGCCGCCGGCGGAAGUGAUAACGAGGUCCGUAAUAAAGUGCGACGUAAAGAUCAAACAGGAACGACCCUCGACGCCGCCACCGAUGGAGAUGUCGCCUGGUCUCCGGGUACCCUCAUCGCCAAGGUCACCCCCGCUGCCUUUGAUGUGCACUCCGUUAUUGGGAGGCCCACUGAAAUCCGUUCCAAUGCCAUACAGUCCAGGAGCGGAUGUGCACCACUCCGGGUCAAACGAAAUCACUUCAUCCACCUCACCUGUACCUCCCGCGGUCAAUAUGACCAUCAUGAACGGUUGCAUCUCAGAGAAACCAAAGCUGUUGAUCAAAGAACAGAAUAGUCCUCCAUCGCCCCGAAGGACGCCCACCCUCAACGAAGAUAUGCUUCACCAUCGAUCUCAUCCACCACCUGCCGUGAUUCUAAAAAAUGGUGGAAUCUCACAGGGCGCACCGGGAGCACCCAUUAUGGGGAAUCCGGAGUUUGAACUGUCGACCGAUACCGACGACGACAGUUUAGCUGGCGAACCGGACAGUAGCAAUAACUCAAUGGCUCCGCUAGACAUUAUCAGGGAUGUAAUGAAGGACGUUCAGCAUGAAACCAGAGACAAACUAAUGAGUAUUUUCAAGCUGCUAAUCCAAGAAACGGCACAAAUUCGAAACGAUCAUAUUCGGUUACUACAGGAUAACAAACAGAAGGACGACUUAAUAGCGGAGUUGCAUCGAGAAAAAGACAGCUUGCAGCAGCAGGUGCACCAUCUUCAGCAACAGAACCGAUCUCUCAUCAAAAUCGCCACCUCGGAGUCCAAUGCCCUACAUAUGCAACAGCAGUACCAUGAGCGGGAGUUGGCAGCUGCUGCCAGUGCAAAUGUCGUACCCAGUGGUUCCGCUCCUUCAUCGACACCACCCUCACCUCUCUCGUUAGCUUCCAACAGUAGCAACAGCCAAAUUGUGAUCGAAAAAAUCGAACGACGGAACAGCUUCCCGCAGAAAUCCGACGUUAUAAUGAAACCUCUGAAAAAAUGCCUGCGUCGAAGUCCCGAUGAUUCGGUGCUACAACUGUUACAAUCACCACCCCCUCCUCCUCCGCCGCCACCACCAGCGACAGUACCAGUCGCAACCAGUCUGUCAAUUAGUGCAACCAGUCUGAGGUCCAAUCCAUCCGUAAUGGACGAGGAAGAAGAUGAUGACAAAUCUCUCCAGCAGUCGAACGAUUGUCCUCCAGUUCUGGUCAAUGGCGUGGGAUGCGGAGUGAUAGCAUCGCCCUCGCCACGACCACCAUCCAGACCAGCGUCGGUGGCUUCGACGGCUUCCAAUGCCUCCACAAGUUCACCCUUGGCCAGCGCGGUGGCACUGGAAAACAGUUCGAGUGGCAGUACCAAACCCGGCACCAGCAACCAGGAGAUUAUCAAAAGUGCUAAUAACUGAUAGUGUAUAAUUUACCUUUGAUAAAAAGGUUCAAUACGUAACAGAGAUUGAGGGCACGGGCAAGCUCUCUUUUCCGUUUUGUUUUUCGUCGGAUGCUCGACAGUCCAUAUAACGACAGUGAGCCGUCUCCAAACACGCAGGUUGAUGUUUCGAGACCGCAGGCCCACUAGCGAGGUCGAAGUAAUGCAUCCCAACCAGUUCAAUCCGUACUUUUGUUCUAGGUUUGAUCACCUUCUAAGGGUGAUUGGCACACUCGUGCAUUGUAAAGUAGAAAUUUAUAAGCUUCAUUGUCGAUAUUUUUCCCACCAAAUAAUUUCUGUUUGUUUAUUUUUAGGCGAAACAACAAACCAUUAUAAGCUUAGAUUGUAAGACCACACCGUGUAAGCCAAGAGCAAAGAAAUUACAAAGCAAAACAAACAAAAAUGAUACAAAUUUGAAGAGCAAACGCAAAAAAAGGAUGUAGGAAGUUUACAAAUUCUCAUUCGCAUGAUACAAAAAUCGAUUUACAAUUAUAAUUUAAUGUAGUUGUUCGUUGAGAAGAUAACCUACUCAAAAAGAAGCAUAAACAAACAAAAAGAGCUGAUAGUGACUAAUGUGUUACAAACAAACAAACAAAAAUUAUAGUCAAGUCAAACCAAGCAAAGCGAAAAAAAAAACACAAAGUCGAAACGAAAAAAAAAUACACUUGCAAGAAAUUAUAUGGAUAGAAGAACCGAUUAAGGAGUACUCAAAAAUAUUAUUCUUAACCACUAAGUGGUUUUCAAAGUCUUGCGUAGUGUCUUGUAUAAAGAUUAAGUUUAUUUUAAAACAAAAUCGAACGUUCUACAGUAGUAGCGAAGCGCCCUCCCCCCUUAUUACUAUAGUGUAAAUAGUCAGCUGUGUAAAAAGAUGAAAACAUGUUUUGUGUUCUUUCAAACGACGUUCUUUUUUAAUUUGUUUUUUGUUCUCUACUCCUAGCGGUCAGUCAAACUCACCUCUCAUCUACACUCAUGUCAUUUCUGUGGUACCAACAGUACUACACUAUUGUUUCGUUUAGGAUUUAUUUUGCGUAACUCGUCAGUACACCGCGUGUUGGAAAUAAGUAUUAGGAUAGAAGAGAGCGUAAUGAACAAAAAUUAUUUCAGGAAGUCUAAUCACCUUUUUUACAAUAUUGGGGUGUUGAAAUAAAACGUGUCUUAAGCUGUGAUUCAUAUUCACUUUCCGUGAUCAUGCGAACGAUCUUAGAAAAAGUAUAGUACGAUACAGAUUCUCACUUAAUCCCGUAGUGCACUGUUUGUCAUAAUGACAAAUAUUUGUCAAGUUUAUCCGGACAUCUGUCUUAUUGAUAACAAAUAGACAAGAAUAUCAGGCUGACUUGACAAAUAUUUUAUAUUAUGACAAACAGUGUACUGAUAGCUUUAGGUUUAGGUAUGGAAUUACACAGUAAUCAGGAUUUGAAAAAUAUCUUUUUCAGCAAAAAUCUCAUACUCUGUUUAUGAUCGGUAAAUUCGGGUACUGUCGUGGUUAAGUGAAUUGCGACAACAUGUCGAUUCCCAGCCAAAUAUUUAUCAUCUCCAGCAAAAAAAAGUCAUAAACAAUAUUUGUUCGAAUUUCAAACAGCUUCUUCUGGAAACUAUAAAGAAUUUCAUAUGGAAAUUCCGAAGCAUUUUCCAUUGAACUCUCUAGAUUUUUUAGUUGAAAUGAAUCUAAGUUUUUGAUCGGAGAUUAGCAGUUUGGACGAUAGACAAGGUCGAACCUUGUUUGGCCAAGCAAACCAAUAGGCCGAAUGUUAUUUGGCCGAAAAAGUAAUUUAAUCGAAAUGGACGGCCAAAAGUGUCUUUCGGUUAAACUGGUCAUUUUGCCGGAAACGUCGUUUGACUGAAAAUACCGUUUGACCAUAAUGAUCCUUUGGAUGAAAAGCCACAAUUUUAGAGAUAACCGGCCUAGGGCUGCCAAUCUCUCUAAUAAAGAUAAAAAAAAAAGCCAUUUGGCCGAAUGGUUCGACAAGUUUGACCAAAUGACUCGUUCAGCAAAUGACAUGACAACUGUACGACCCUAGCUAUGUCUUAAUUGUCGGCAAAAUUACCAGUUCGGCCAUUUCGAGAGGGGCCGAAACAUUCUCACUUUCGUUUGAAUGCCAUUUUCGACCUAAUAAUUGUUUCGGCUGAACUUUGAAUUCGGAUAGAUAACUUUCGGCCUAUCGUCUUAUUAAGCCAUGUGGCAAAUGGCUUCCCGCCGAACAAACCAUCAGGCCGAAACCCAUCUGGCGUUGAAAAUACCGUUUGGCAGAAAUGAUCGUUAGACAGAAAGGGCCAUUUGGCUUCAGUUCGGCCUACCAAAAAUGUUGUUAAGCCGAACUGAUUCUUUGUCCGUAAAAGUUGUUUGGCUGAUAGGUCCUUUGGCCGGAAAGCUCGGUUGGCAGAAAGAGCCACUUGAUUAACGAAAAAGUAUUGUUUGGUUGAAAAUGUAGUUUGGUCGAAAUGAUCGUUAAGCAAAAAAAAAACAAAAUGUAAGUUGGCUCAAAUGGACAUAUGUACGACCAAAAAUAUCGUUCGACCGAAUUGGUUCUUUGACCGAAGAAGUCUAUUAGUCGAUUGGUCGUUUUCGGCCAUUUGGACGAAAAUGUCAUUUGCCGAAUGGGUCAACAAUUUUUGUCAUAUUACGCGUUCAGCGAAUGACAGCUGGUCAUUCCCCGCAGCUCUUUAAUGACUUCUCUAACCUCUGAUUUUAUUGAAAUCGCGUCCGGCCCAUCCCUCUGGACUCAAAAAAUUCAUCUGGGGAACGAUUGAACCCUAUGAGAUUUGAUUUAGACUUCUAGAAUCGGAUUGAAUCUUUAUGAAUUCUGUGGCCUCCUCAUGGAUUCAGAUAAAUCAAUUCGAUCAAAGUCAAAUCCCGGAUUAAGAUUCGUUUAAAUCUAAAAAAAUCAUUCGCAAAGAGUCAAUCGCAUAUGAAUACAUUCAGCCAAAUUUAAAAAUUGAAAUGAUUCCUAAUGAAUCCCACUUUAGGCACUUCGAAGAAAAUUUAAGAAUACGGAACCUAAGAAGUAAAAUACAAAAAAAAAUACAAAGUGGACAUGAGUUAACUUGAAUUGUUUCACGGUUACAAACUAAUUUCAGCCUCCUCAAAGUGCUAGAAAAGGUUAUCGAGAUUCCCUAAAUUAACCAUAUUGUACAAAAAAUCCCAUCUGACCUAAUACCUAUUUCCACUGGUGUAGAAGCGCAUCACUUUCUGCCAUUUUUCGGCAAAAAAAACCAUCACUGUACAUUUUUCACAUGAAAUUUUGUUUCCUUAAUCAAAUUGCCACGACAAACCAGGCGUUCAAAAUGCCCCUUACUAGUUUAGAAACGAAACUCAUUUACAAACGCAAACGCGAAUGUUUAAGUGACAUACAAGAAGAAUAGAAAGCAAAAAGUAACGUAAUCGCUUUUCAAAAAAGUGUUCACCUUUUAAAAGAUGUUUGGUUUAAAAAAUCGAACUACGUACUCCUUAUUUUGAAUUAAAAAAAGUCGUCCUAAGUAUCACCUAUUAUAAACUAUAUAAAACAAAAAAGCGAAAAAUAAAGCGUAACAUCUCUGUCGAUCUGCUUCCACAUAGGGGAGGCGAAGUAAAUAAAUCGAAAAAUUAUAGAACGGCAUACCAGCCAACGCAACGUAAAGAGAUCUACACAAACUAGCCAUCGUGUUCUCUUGUCGGAAACAAAAUAAGAACAAACACAAAACCGCAUCCAGAUAAGUAAACCACAGGUCAAGUCUGUAUUUUUCGCGUUUCAAUCAGGCCACAGUUAUGAUAUUAAAUCAAAAAAAAUAUUUAUUUAUUUAUCCUCCUACUUUAGAAACCAACGCAAAAAAUCAUCUCCUUUAUAAUUACUUUUCUGUUCGGUGUACAACUCCUACGUUCGUUUAAGUUCAGUGCGCUUUCAGAAAAGCAAACCAAAAGUCAUGCAAAAUGCAUCAAUCAACACACUGCUACUUGUUUUGUGAUCUUUAUUUCAUGUUUUUCGAUCUAAUAAAACGGAAUGCAAUUUUAUCGUACUAUUAAAAA